CUUGCCGAUUCAGUAACCACUUCCUGUCUUAAACCUAACCUAAUUUUUACAAGUAUAUAAUAUUUAUUUAUUUUUAAUAUGACGAACGAUUCUUUAUCUCAAUAUAAAGCGCGUGUGGCAGCUCUCAACAAACGGGCCAAAGAACUCAAUUUGACUGACUUAGAAAUACAAACAGUAUUCGACGAGUGCUUUAACGAACUAAGCAAAUCCUCGCCUACAAAAUCUCGUCCCUCCUUAAUAACUUUAGCAGCUAAAAUUACGAUCGGCUCCCUAUUUAUUGCCUUAGUUACUUACAUACUAUUAAAUGUACAUCAACCAACUUCAAGCAUUGUACUCCGAAAUGUACAAGGACUGAUAUAUCCCGGUUUGAAGGUUGUUCGUUUUCUAGCCGUUCCGAUUUUAAAAAAGUUUCCAUCGCUUACCAAUUUGUAUGAUGAGAGCUGUCUGGUCGAAAAUCCGUACUUUUACGUAUCAGAUAUGGAAUGUUGGCCUUGCGAAGAUGUGCAUUCUGUAAUUGACCUAACUGGUUUUAGCAAUUAUAGUUUGUAUCAAUCUGGAAUACCGUAUAUUGUGCAAACGAACCAGCCGUAUGUGAACUUUAAGCAGUUGAAACACAUGUAUAGAUUACACAAGGAAAUGCUUCUAAGGGAUGCUGGGAUUAUUAAAUCAAAUAAUUCCACUGUACAAUCCCUUGAUGGUUUAUUCGAGUCUGAUCUGCAUGAGCACAGUAUCACUCAUGUCUCUUGGCGUAUUAAUAGAAUGUCACCAUCUCAGAUUAUACGUAAAUUAUUUCCAAGACCGUACAUUGUGUCUGAUAGAUUCGGGCAAAGUGUAGAAAGAUUUAUUAUGAUUGAUGCGCCGGCAGCUGAAGGUUACAGUUUUCCUAAUACGGAAUGUAGUUAUGUGUUUGUUAUACAAGGAUCUGGCGAACGCACAAUUAUACUUAAACCAUCCAAAGAAUGUGGAAGUGUUUGUAGAACCGUUUCGGUUGUAUUAAGACCAUCAUUUGUGUUGUGGUAUAAUUGGUGGUACUGGAGGCCAAUCAGCCUCCCUAAAGAGAAUGUUACUGAAACUUCAAUUUCCUAUAUUAGCAGCUAUUGUUAAUUAUAUAAUUGUGGUUGUUGAUAAUCGUAAUAAAGUAUUUUGUUUAUUA